AUGGGUUUCUUUCCCAAUCGAAAACGUCAAGAAGCAAUCCCAGCUCACCAAACAGGAACCAUAGCCCCAGAAGGUCGCACCACAGACAAAAGUUCUGAUCGAACAUUAACUCCCGGUGACAAUUCAAACCAUGUCUCGACGGCGGGCGUGGAUAUCAAGAGAGCUACCAAGGCGAGGAAGAGAGCUAUUUAUAUCACCAGUUUCUUGUAUCUGAUCGCCGUUAUCUUUUUAAUUCUGACAAUCAUCGGCAAUAUAAACAACCGUGCCGUCAUCCGCGAUACCUGGUUCUUCCGACUCGAUCUCACCAACAUCAUUCCCGAAUCCGUCGGCGGUGGCAUCACACUCCAAAACUCUCUCGCCCGAUCCCUCGGCCUCCACGAUUUCUACCAAGUCGGCCUCUGGAAUUUCUGCGAAGGCUACAACGAUGAAGGCAUCACCGCUUGCUCCUCCCCUCAAAACCUCUACUGGUUCAACCCCGUUGAUAUCCUCCUCAAUGAACUUCUCGCCGGCGCAACCAUUGCCCUCCCCGCUGAAAUCAACAAUAUCCUCAGUCUCAUCCGCAUCGCUAGUCACAUCAUGUUCGGGUUCUUCAUCACCGGUGUCGUUAUGAGUUUCUGCAACAUUUUCCUCUCCUUCUUCACUAUCUACUCGCGUUGGAUUUCAGGCUUCUACGCCAUCUGGACGUUCAUCUCUGCGCUUCUCGUCACCACGGCGGCAAUCAUCGCCACGGUUAUGUUUAUCAUUUUCCGCAAUACGGUGACGAGUCAGGCGGGCUUGAAUAUUGGCGCGAGUGUGGGAACCCAGAUGUUUGCGUUUAUGUGGAUCGGUGCGUCCUGUGUGAUUAUCGCGUGGGUGAUUCAUGUGGGUAUGUGUUGUUGUGGGGCCAGUCGGAGGGAUGUGAAGAGUGGGAGGAGGAUGGGCAGUAAGAAGGCGUAUUCCAGUGGCGUUAUGCCCGUCGAGAUGGAGGAGAAGCGGGGUGGGAAGAAGAGGACGAUUCCCGGGUUUGGGAGGAGGAAGACGGCGGGAGAAGUGGUUUAG